AUGGCAUCAUUGGAUAUGUCUCUUGAUGAUAUGAUUAAAAGCAGGCGCAAUACUGAGAGAGGUAGAGGGCGAGGUAGGGCCCGCCGUGGGCGUGGACAAGGAAGACCCACAGCCACAGGGCCACCUCGCAAAGGCCCCCUCAGGGUGAACUCUGCUCGGCCAUCAGCUCACACCAUUGCCAAGUCUUUUCGCAGACCCAAGCCUUUGCCAUGGCAGCGUGACUUGUUGGAAGACAGCCUCAAAGCAGCAGGUCUACCAGGAUUGGAUAAUGCUGCAAAAUUAUAUGUCUCCAAUUUAGACAUUGGAGUCACUAAUGAAGAUAUAAGGGAACUGUUUUCUGAGAUUGGAGAGCUGAAUAGAUAUGCAAUUCAUUAUGACAAAAGUGGCCGUCCAAAUGGAACAGCUGAAGUGAUAUUUGCAAGAAGAAAUGAUGCAUUUCAAGCGUUUAAACGUUACAACAAUGUACAGUUGGAUGGGAAGCCAAUGAAGAUUGAGAUUGUAGGGUCAAAGUCGGAUGCUCCUCUUUCGCCACGUGUCAAUCUGGUUGGAGGAGUAAAUGGACAGAGGACAGUUGUCAUGAUGCCUGGAGUGGCUCGUGGAAGAGGAGGGGGUGCAUUUAAUCGUACAUCUGGUCGGAGAACCCGUGGUGGCAUAAAGAGUAGCCGUGGUGGUGGUGUUGUAAACAAGCGUGGCGGUGGUCGUGGUGGGGGCGGUGGUGGUCGUGGGCGGGGGAGAGGGAGGAAGGCGGCGGGGGGUGACAAGUCAGUUGAUGAACUUGAUAAGGAACUGGAGAAGUAUCAUGCCAUGCAGACCUAAUAAUAAGGCUUUCGGAAACACAAGUACUGAAAAAUACAAGUAGAUUUAAUAUUUGAUUAGUUGUGUACAAAAAGCGUAUUUGGUUUUUGCAAGAGUGGAGAUUGUGUUUUAUGCUUUUGUAAGUUGUGGGUGUUUUGUUGCUUCAUGUGACACCUUAAAAUGUGGGGUCUUAGAUUAUGUUGUUUUACCUUUAUUUGAUUUUUUGAAAAAACUUUACUAAAGUCUCGCCAUCAACACUAUGGUUUCCAC